GUUUUUCAGCUACUUCAGCGGCGCCCGACGCCAAGCACGGGUGCCAGUGCUCUCACGAACCGCAGCAACGGUUACACCGGUGAAGCAGCCGGUGCAACUGCACCGGUACGCCCCAACGCCUUGCUCCCAAACCGCGGCGAUUCUUCCCUGGCUGCCCUGCAAGCGCUGAAGGCUGGAGCGAUUGGAGCGGCUCCCUUCCUGAUGGCGCCCCUGGCAGUCAAUGCUGGAACCACGGGGCAGAGUGGCGGCAAGGAGGGAAAUGCUGAGUCGACAAAGUCCAGUGAUAGCAGUACUAGUGGCGGAGAGAGUGUGAAUAGAUGGUCGUUUGGUGCCAGCCCCUUUGCAACCCCUGGUGCUCCUGUGUACCACCCUAGCAUAGACAUGAGUUCCACCCAGGCCUUGAUCAACAUGGUCAGAACGGCCAGUGCCCAAAGUGCUAAUCAGCUGGAAACUUAUCUGAAGGGCAUUAAAAGAGGCGCAGAAAACCCUCUGGACCUCUCCGCCACCAAGAAAGCACGCAAAUCAGGUGCCGGACUUUCCCUCAGUGAGUCCCUCUAUGGUGAUGCCCUUCUGGGACUUCCAAUGCUGUCCGCCCUCAACCGAGCCUCCAAGGACUUGCUACCCCCAACUCAUCGGCUGCAAACCAAAUCACCAAAGCCCUCCAAAAACCACACCAAAAACAACCAUACGACAAGUCCUGCAUCAGGACAGAGUAGUUCCGCUGCCACAACUAAUAGUUCGAACUCUCGUGUGACCACUAGUCCAGUGACAACAAACCCUUCUGUGACAAAUCCUCCCCUGACAAACAGUCCUGUGACUAGUAGACCUCAGUGCAUGUCAUUGUGUGCGGAUAAACCUUGUGCGGCAAAUUCUGCCAAUGGUGCGCUAUUUGGUGUCAGCGGUGGGAUAAAUGCAGAGUUGGCGGAAAGUGGUGGUUCAGGGACAGAGAUGACGUCAUGGACUGUUGAGGAAGUGGCUAGUUUUGUGGGGACGAUUGACAUUUGUGCUGAAUAUGCUGGGAAUUUCCGUGACCAGUGUAUAGACGGCUCCGCACUACCUCUACUAACUGAGGCCCAUCUAACAACUGCCCUCCAAAUGAAACUGGGGCCGGCGCUAAAGCUACGUUCAGUUUUGUCCCGCAGACUUGGCAACUGCGCAGUCUGUAUGCACUGUGUACACUGUCACGGCAGUCAGGCCUCGUUGUUAACAGGGCCUCAGGCCUUGUUGCAAAACCCGCAGGCCUCAUUGCUAACAGGGCCUCAGGCCUUGUUGCAAAACCCGCAGGCCUCAUUGUUAACAGGGCCUCAGGCCUUGCUGCAGAGCUCGCAAGCCUCGUUGUUAACAGGGCCUCAGACCUUGCUGCAAAACCCGCAGGCCUCGUUGUUAUCAGGGCCUCAGAGUUCACAGCAGGCUUUGUCAUCUACACCACAGCCACCCCCAUCAACGCCCAGCCCAAAACCGCUGACAAGGCCAAAUAGCACGGGCAAUUGACAAGGAGUUUUUGUUAUUUAUUGAUCAGCUAAUUCCAGAACAUUCCUACAGUAAAGAAGACAUCACUCCUUUUAAAACUACAUAAUCCUCUCAAUAGUGUACAAUAAAAGCAGAGAGUGUGAUAUCUUUAUAACUAGUGUGAUGAUUGUUUUGAACUUUUUCAAUUAUAUUGACAAUAAUAUUGUUCUAGGUUUAAUUCUAAGUGUUAAUAAUUGUUAUUGGAAAACUGUCGAUACAAAUAAACGUGUAAAUAGUAUAAAUUUAACUCAAUGUUGACUAUUAUAGUAUUGAUUGAAUUUGAAAAAUUUUAGUUUAAGACAAACUUAUAUAUUAUGUUUAUAUAUAUAAUUAUUAGUAUGUUAUAUAAUGAGUUAUUAUUAUUAUUAUUGUGAUAUGAACAUUUUGUAAAAGCUUAUAGUUAUUCGAAUUUUAACUUAAUUUUUUGCAGGCAAACAAUAUGAACUGAGAACUUUGUAAAGACUAGAUCUUCCAAUUUUAUCUGAAUUAUUUUUUGUAAAAAUACAAUUUGAUCAUGUUGUACAAAAACAUUAGUUAUUCCAGUUUUAGCUGUAAAUUCAUAUGAAAAUAGGUACUAACUUACUGUAUACAGUAUUUUGUUGUGUAGACAUAUAGGCUGAAAGUGAGUGAUUUCAAUUAUUGUAGUUAAUGGAUUGUGAUAGUUAUAAGAGCAGCCCUAUAUAGUGAGAUUUAUUUCAAACUGUUAACAUUUAGUGUUGUGUGGCAAAGAGGACAUAACUAAGACCUUAAUAAAGGCAGUUAUACUAUUCAAUACAUUCAUUGAAGGUAAAUUUUUUAUGUUAUUUAUGAAGAUUCAUACAUACACACAAUAAGUACAUCAUCAAAAAUGAUAGGGAGAGAAAAAGAAGGUAACUUUGUGCUAUUCCUCUUCCAAAUUUAGAUCAGGCUACACAUAGUCUUGUAGUUGUUCUCUUCACAAAAUUUUCUGUCCUUAGUUAUUUUCACGAAGUAGAUUUUCAAAUUUAGAAUACUGAUAGUUUACACUGAUUUUGUUUAUAGUAUGAUCACCUCAAAAAUUUCAUAAUAUAUUGAUUUGUAAGCUUUGUGAUGUUAUUCAUGAGGAAUUCUAAAAUUCUUAGAGGAAUAGACAGCUAAAAUUAAAUUUGUUUGUAGUAAGAUCACUUAAAAUUGCAGUAUCGGUUGAAUGGGAAAUAUAUUGACGGUAUAUUUAAGGGAACGCUGAUUGAAUAAAUCUAAAUAUUAUAUAAAUAUUUUUCAUGAUAAAAGACUGUUUCUAGUUUCACUGUACAUAUUUCAUAAAGAUUCACCGAAUUAAGGGAUGUUGUAAUUGAAUAAUAAUUUGAAAAACACAAUAUUGAAAAAAGGUUGAUAUUACUUGAUUUCAAUUAAUUGGAAUCCAUAAAAUUGAGCUUAUAUUUUUGGAAAUGUAUUAUAGAUGGAGAUGAAUAUUGUAAGUUUCAUUUGUCAAAUGCUAAUUAAUGAAUAUUGGAAGUUGCAUUUGUCAAAAUCUAAUUAAUGAAUAAUUAUUAUUAAACGAAAAUCCCAAUCAAAUGCUGUAAAACACCCCAAAAAAUAUUGUUUACCCUGGGAAAUAUUGUUUAUCAGGGCAUUGUUUAACCACUUGUCAAUAUUUGCAGUAACAGUCUUCGGGGUGAUUUACAGCAUUUAAUUGGGAUUUUCGUUUGAUAAUUAUUAAAACUAUUAUAAAAUACAUCUAUGAAAUUAGUAGUGAAAUUGAAUGGCUGUCUAUAAAAUAACAUCAUAGUACCCUUUUUUAGAAAAGUUUUCAAUAUGACAGAUUCUAUCAGAUAAAGGGUAGGUAGCCUAUCAUGAUGUUAUUUUAUGAACAAAUACAUACAUUUAAAGAUGAAUGACCGUUGUUUGAUAGACUUUAUAAUUUAAAUUUAACGUGAUAUUCACUUUAAAUUGUCAGCAUUGUUCGAAUGAGUAGUUUUGAUUAGUUUAUCAUUUUAUGAGUGUCCUUAGCCUGACAGUUUGAUGUAAAUCUCACAUUGAUUCGGUUGCACGAGGAUAAAACUGAAUUUAACGGUCGUUAAAAUUUUCUCAUUAUGUCGCAUUCGUUAAUUGGUUGUGUUGUAUGGCCUCAUUCUACGGUGGUUAAAUAUAAUUGAAUUAUUACGCAGCUGGCUGAUAGACUUUUGUAAAUAUUAGAAUUCAAAUUUCAAAUUCUAGAUAUAUAAUCACUCAAUAGUUUUCACAAAGCCGGGAUAAGGUACAAUAUUAUUGAAAGUUCAAUUUGUACAAAGUUUACAUAUAAGGAAACUGACACAUGCUGUAUAAAAAAUAACUAUUGUAUGCUACUAUGGUUGAAUUCAUGUUAAUCUGUCAGAAUUUUGUUAGAAUUGUAAGCGGUUGCUGAAAGAAAUGCUAAAGCUGCGUUUACACCAAAGUUAUUAACAAAAUAUUUAUUUUUCCAUCCUUAUAGAUUCUAUUAGAUUGAACGGAACUUUACAAACACAUAUGCUCAUCAUGUGUAUGUUAAGUUAUGUUCAAUCUAAUAGAGUCUAUAAGAACGGAAAAAUAAAUAUUUUGUUAAUAGCUUUGGUGUAAACGCAGCUUUCAAGUAAAUAUUAUAGGCUGAAAAUUGCAUCUGAAACAUCUCACAAAGUGCAGCUAAUUUUUGCAGUUUAGUUGGAUUUCAAUUCAAAACUGUUUUCUCCACAAAGUUGUAUUUGUGAGAUGCAUGUUUUAAAGUCAGUGAAUUCAUAAAUAGGAAUGCAUACUUGGCACGUUUCCUUUUCCACCUCCUCCUAUAAUAAACUUGGAUAGUAGUGAUGUUCAGGUACUCUCUUUUUGAAUAAUAUUAAUUUAUUAUAUUAUAAUGAUGAAACAAUAUGAUUUUUUUAUUCUUGUUAAUAAUAAU